CAGCUGAUGUGGACGCAGCAGACACACAACAUUUGAGCUUCUAAAAUACCCAGUGACAGGAAUCUAAAUCACGAUCUAUCGACGGCCCUACCAUUCAUUACCAUAUACCGGCACUUUUAUGAGAGAAAUAAUAAGGAAGAGAGCUGGGAAAAGGCACAAAAAAGGUCCAAAGUUGUGAGAUUAACGGGUCUCAUGGCCACAGACAGGCGAGUUGUCAACACACCAAAUAUUCUAGCCAUUUAAAUCAACACAAAAAUAUGAAUCCGAAAGUGUCACAAUACUUCAUUAAGAAAUACAAGCCAAGUGUAGGGCCCGAAGAUGCAGAGGCGCCCUUGUAUGAUCCGGGACUUCUCGCCAAGCUGGACUGGUCAAAGGUCACCCACAUGAAAGGCGGGGUCACGAACCACGCGCCAGGCGGUGGUCUUCGGGUCAGGCCUCUGUGUAAGGCUGAUUAUGACAGAGGGUUCCUGCAGUUGCUGAGUCAGCUGACCAAAGUGGGUGAUAUCUCCAGGGAGAAAUUCGGUGAGCGCUUCGAUGCCAUGAAGAACUGUCCCGGACACUACUACGUGACUGUGAUCGAGGACACGGACCAGGGGAAGAUUGUGGGCUCGGCGACGCUCGCCUGCGAAUUGAAGUUUAUCCGCGGCUGUGCGAAGAGAGGUCGAUUGGAAGAUGUUGUGGUAAAUAACGAAUACAGAGGAAAACAACUUGGAAAACUGAUUGUAUCAACGGUCACUCUCUUGGCUAGUCAAGUUGGCUGCUACAAGAUGGGGCUCGACUGCAAGGACGAAAUGAAGUCUUUCUACAACAGCAUUGGUUACUCAAGCGAAAAGGGAAAUGACAACACUAUGAUUAUUCGAUUUUGACUACAGCCCAAAACUGAGAAGUCACAUUUGUAAAAUAAUGCUUGUUUAGAUAAAUAAAUAGAUAUGUUUAUCUAUUCAUAUAUAAGUAUAUAUGUGAAUAUGUGAAAUAUAUAUAUAUUCAUAUAUAUAUAUUUAUAUAU